AUGAUUUUAAAAAACAAUUUAGAAAAAUCCCUAAAAGACCUAGAAAUGAGAAUUAAGGACUUAAAGCAAAGUAACGAAGGGUUGCGUUCACAAUUUAAAAAUUUAGAAGAAAAGGUUAAAGAGCGAGAAGAAGAAACCUUUGUCGUGCCAAAAACUAUAAAUAAUUUAGAAGAGAAGAAACCAAAGCUAAGCAAGAAAUCACUAAUAAUUGUGAAGAAAAAUUUAGAGAACGAGAAGAA